AUGGGCUUGUUUGGAAAGAAGAAGCCACCCAUCAAGCAGCAAUGGGUUGCGACGCCGACCAGGCAAGUCUCUGCAGAAGAUGGUGGUCAGGAGCUCUUUGACCGGCCGUCGCUUCCAGCCAGAGAUUUAGAGCCGCUGCUCGUCGCGUGCGCGGAUCAGUUGCGCAGUCGAGGUCUGGAGACGCCUCUCCUCUUUCUGCCAUUCAGACCAGCAAGUGACUUGCCUGCGACGAGAGCCUUCAUUCGGCAGUGGCAUGCGUUUGGUUGGCAGGGAGACGAACUGCGCAGAGAAUUGCUCAUUUGCGAUGUCCUUGUUCUUGCAGCACUCUUUCGAUGGGGCAUGACACGCAUUGACGGCGGCUUGCUUGACUGGUCCACCUACCUCUUGUUCAGAUCAACAGAAGAAAAACUGCGACAAGACCGAACAGCCUUUCAACAAAUUGUGCCGGUUCUAAUUGUUGAUCCAGCCAAGCAAAGUAUUCUGCUCGCCUUUUUGGAGCUGCUCAGCGCAGUCGCUGCGCAUGUAGCUGUCAAUGGCCAUCCAGCCAGGAAGCUUGCUCGACAAUGUGCUGCCUUCUUCUUUGGACACGAGUUGGCGCCGCAGCUCGACGCAAAGCCAACACCCUUUCAAAUUGCUUACACGCGCUGGAAGACAGCUGCAGCCGCUAGUGAGCACUUACUGGUAUCCUAUCUGCGUGGCCAUACCAUGCUGCCCAAGGCAUUGGAGAAAAUGCUCAAGGAGGACGCGUAUCCCCUGCUUCCCACAUCAGACAACAAUGUCUGCUUCUGGACGUCUCUGCAGUCUCCCAAGAUUAGUGCCAAUCCGCGGGUCUUGGCACAACGCAUACUGUUGCACCUACAAGCACGUCGCGAAAUUGCGCCGCAUUCAGAUCCGUUGGAUACGCUGACUGAAGAGUCGCAACGCAUGUUACGAGGUUUUGAGCAAAUUAGUUCAAACCACAGUGAAAAGGUUGGGGAGAAUGCGACAGAGAUUGAUUGGCUUGAUUUUCAAGAUUUCGGCUUUGACGCCAAGUAUUCGAAUGAAGCACGCAGAAAUCGGGAUGAACGGGUCGUUCAGACUGCUCGUCCAGCGCCUCAUCCUCACACCAUUGCUCCCUCAAGCGCCAAACCGGCACACAUGCCAAACUGGCAGCAAUUCAUGGAAGUUGGACUGUCUGGCACUCUUGUGUACCGCCAGCCUAUCCCUCGCUCAGACUUGCUUGCUGAUUCCGGACCCCUGGAAACGUCCAUUGCAGUCACCUACCAUUCUGUCCAGCAAGAGCAAGCAGCUUUAGACAAGGGUCGCGUGGAUGCUGGGUUUUGGGGCGCUUGGAUGAAUGCCAUGGCGGGUGAGUCUAGUCCAUUACAUCGCAGCAUCUUUGGUCGCAGUCUUGUGGUGAAGCUCAAGUAUCCCGAUGCAGUGCUUGUGCUUGAAGAACUCUUCGAAAAAACAGCCACUGUCGAGACUGUCCCUGACAAGCAGAAGAAGCGUUUGAUGAGUUUUCGCAAGGAGAAGCCUCCCGAGAGACAGCCAUCUAGUGUUCGCAAGACGAUUGAUGGUGGCAGGGCACUUGCAGACUCAGACUUGGUUGUCGCCAUGCGACUCAAAAAGUUGCUUGAUGACCACAGACCAGAACAAAAGAUGCUCGAUGCUGGACCACAAGCCUAUCGUCCUGUUGCUGUCCAGACUGUUCACCGACGGGAGGAGAGUGUGUAUGAUGACAGCAUUGGGCAAGAUGUCAAAAAGAUGCUUAGAUGGGCAGAAAAGUCUGAUGCUGCGGCGAGCGCCGAGCUGCCUACGCAAGUGAAGCCUGUGGAUGCAUCGCAACGCAAGCCGGAAAGAAAGCCGGUUCUCUCGCCUGCAAUGGAUGUAAGUGUGCCCGACACUGCUUCAUUUCGAACCAAUAGCCCGGUGCCGGCGGUCAAGGUCGAAUCACGCCAGUCUACGCUCCGUGGGCAACCUCCCGGUUUCUCGCCUUCACAAGUGAUGACGACCAUCAACUCAAGUCAGCUGCUCGCAACGCAAAAUGGAGGCGGCAGAGAUGUCAGUCCUUCUGGAGAAACAACCUUACCGAAGCGUGAGUCUAGGUCGCGGCCUUCUACCCCCCGGCAACGACGGGCUGAUGGUAGGAUCCAAGGAGAUAUGCCGCUUUACCCUCAAGUCAGCAUCUCUUCCCACAAUCACCCGCCUCCCCCACCCAUACCUGCCGAUCCACGGCCUUCCAGAGAUUCUACCGUAUCGCAGUCUGCUCCCAAAUUCAAUCGUUUCUGGCAAUCACGCAAGUCUCAAGGAGACAUCAAGCAAGUUGUCUCUCAAUCACCUGCAGUCGCGUACGCAGAGCCACCCAUUGUCCGUCGCCAUUCGCCAGAAGUGAUGAUGGCAGAAUCAUCUCCAUUACCAACACUGGUUCCCAGCAAGGACGCCCAUGCCUCUCAGUCGACUCUUGCGGCACACAAUCGAAGUACGUAUGAGCCAGCCAUGUCAUUUGAAUUGGAUGAACCAGAAAUGCAUUGGAAGAAUGAGUUUGAUCCGGCUGGGUCACACAUGUCUGUUGCACCAUCGCGCACGCGUAAUCGCUUUGCGGCCAUUGAGGACGAAGCCAAUGCUUUGCAGCGGGAGCUGUUUGGCGAUGCUGAUGAGUCGCCUUUGCAUUUGCGCAAGGCUUCAGAUGCUAGCAGCAGGUACAGCGAUGGCGGCGGUGAUGGGUCGAAGCGCAAAUCAUUGAUUCGUUCAGCUCAUCAGCAUGUCAUUCGAAAAAUGCUUUCUCAAACGCCAGAGAAUGCAGACGAGCAGCCUAUUCCUGAGCCGCCGCGAACAGAACAGUGGGAGCGAAGGGAAAGUAUGGACCAGCGUAUGGUGCGACAUUGGGCGAGCAUCAAGAGUCUCGCAAGUGCUGCCAUGGUGCCUGUUGACUCGCCAAAAGCACGUCAAGCUACAGAGCCAACAGAGACAGGGCCUCAACAUCAAAAGACCGCUAUGAAUGGGCACUGA